AUGGAUGAACAGAUCACCUGGCGAGAAGCCUUGUCGUUGUUCAUCAUCUAUCUGGUCUACUGCACAGUGAUGAAAUUCAACGUGCGACUGGAAGAGUGGGUGAAGGUGUCGCUGCUUGGCGAGAAGCUCGAUGUGGACGAACCGGAACAAACCACACUUAACGAGCACAUAAUCGCUCUAAACGGCAAUAAUAACAUGACCGUCGAUUACAAGGACCCUGAAGAUGGUAUGGUAAUCGGUGAAAGGAGCAUGUCGCUAACACGCAGGCGAUCUUCAAUACCUAUACUGCACUCAGGAACGAUGUUCCGAACCGGAAUUAUGCAGUUGAUGCAUCAAACACUCGACGAGGUGCCCGAAGGAGGAAGUGAAGAAGACUCAACUCGACGUUCAGCGUCGACACCGUCACCAACGCCUAUGCCGUUAACUAAGCUGUUGCUGCAGCUGCUUGCCAGCCGCAAGCUCAGCUGUUUUGCCUUUCAGAAGUCGCUGCUUGAAGAGGAAGAGGAUCAGCCGCUGAAUAUGGAAUGGCCAGACAAAUUCACCAAACAGAUCACUUAUAUCUGUCUGGCACCCGUGCUCAUCCCCAUGUGGGUCACCAUUCCGGAUGUUCGCCGAGAGACCAGCCGUAAAUGGUAUCCGGUGACUUUCGUGAACUCAAUCCUGUGGAUCGCGUUCUUCUCCUACUUAAUGGUCUGGUGGGCGAAUACGAUUGGUGAAACACUCGUCAUUCCCACUGAGGUGAUUGGAUUAACCAUCUUAGCGGCCGGUACAAGCAUUCCAGAUCUGAUCACAAGUGUGAUCGUCGCUCGAAAAGGACUUGGCGAUAUGGCCGUGUCGAGUUCGGUCGGCAGCAAUAUCUUCGACGUGUGCGUGGGGUGA